UCCCCCACAUCUCCUCCCGUCCCAAAUCACAUCACCUACCUGCAGCGAAGCCACUCACCCACCUAACCCUUCUUUCCCUCCCGAAGCAGCGAUGGCCCCCAAGGCGGAGAAGAAGCCGGCGGCGAAGAAGCCUGUGGAGGAGGAGGCCGCGGCGGAGAAGGCCGAGAAGGCCCCGGCGGCGAAGAAGCCCAAGGCCGAGAAGCGGCUGCCGGCGGGCAAGACCGCCUCCAAGGAGGGCGGCGAGAAGAAGGGCAAGAAGAAGAGCAAGAAGAGCGUGGAGACCUAUAAGAUCUACAUCUUCAAGGUGCUCAAGCAGGUGCACCCCGACAUCGGCAUCUCCUCCAAGGCCAUGUCCAUCAUGAACUCCUUCAUCAACGACAUCUUCGAGAAGCUCGCCGGGGAGGCCGCCAAGCUCGCCCGCUACAACAAGAAGCCCACCAUCACCUCCCGGGAGAUCCAGACCUCCGUCCGCCUCGUCCUCCCCGGGGAGCUCGCCAAGCAUGCCGUCUCCGAGGGCACCAAGGCCGUCACCAAGUUCACCUCCUCUUAGAUUGCGUCUCCUGUAUCUAGUAGCAGUUCACUGUUGGUUUAGUGGUUGACUGUCGACUCCGUUUAUCUGAAAGUAGUAGUAGUAGUUGUAAUGCUUGAUGUGAACUGCUGAAUCCGUGGCAAUGUUUGGUUGA